GCCACCCUCUGCACAAAGGAGAUUUUUCCUUGCCAGUACGAGAAAUGGUACAAAUAACCAUACAAAACUACAGGAGGUCCCUGCAAGAGUUUUCAGAAAGUCCCGUUAUGUCAAGAUGCAAUAGUCUUGGCUCUUCCCGCUCCCUCACCGGUGCACCACAGAGCAUGACUGAAUGGCUAAUCUUCUGGGAAAAGGAUCCAGUGGAGAUUCUUCUUGAUUUGGGGUUUGGUACAGAAGAACCUGAUGUCUGCACUAAAAUCCCUCCUCGGUUCCUCAGUGGCACUUCCAUAGCAAAAGGGAUCAACAUCCGAGUGUUUUUGGAAGCGCAGAGGCAGCGGAUGGGCAUUGAGAGACCAAAUCUAUAUGAACGUUUUCGACAGCUGGAAGUACUUGACCACGUAACCAGUGCCUUCUCAUCUUUGCUGACUGAUGUCAACACCCAACAGACCAAAGCACAGGACACUGUUGGGGAUCAGAUGAGCCUCUUAGAUGCUGCGAAGAACAGACCUGCUGUCACACGAGCCAAGUGGAGAACAACAUGCCAGCUUCUGAAAAGGACUUCUCAGCAGACGACACUGCUGAAGAAGGGCUCGCUGGCACCUGAGGAAGCCACCUUGUCUGGCAAGAAAGAGCAACCUCCUUUCUGUGCAGAUAUUGCUGAAAGCGGGCGAGUCCAGGUGGGCAUUUCUGCAUGUGUCAGGGUGGGCUGUCUGACCCAGGAGCAACCCCCCCGAGACAAAGAUGCCUCAGCAUAUCCCACAUCCCACUGUCCACCAACUCCGUUGGGGAAAACCUGGACUUCAUUGGACCUAGUUGCAAAACAGCCCAACCUUUCUCCUGUGUGUGAGGUACCUGUCAAAGACAGACCAAGAAAGGAGUCACCUUUGCUUGUGGCCCACAUGCUCAAAAAAGUGUCUGACUUAAACUGCAAGCUGCCAGACUCCUUUGAAAUGGAAGAGAUUCAGAGUUUUGAGGAUGAAAAUCCCUGUGGAAAUGCUCCUGACACCACUUCAGCAGGGGCUAAGGUGACGAGAACAAGCAGCUGCCAGUCAGACAGCAGUGGUUUCAUGGAGGAGCUGCCAGACCUUGUAGGUUUGCAGAAUUCAUCUUUGUCAGGGAAGAUUAGUUUUAUUUCUGAUAUCCUCAAUCAAGAAACAGGUCUUUCAAAUAGGACAGUUUUUUCUAUGUUAAACCAAGACUUUCAACAAAAGCCAGAUGAUUAUGUUGCUAAGGGCUUCAACAGAGCUUGUGAGAGCAUUUUGACUGUACCUGGAUCAACAAAAGUGUGCAGUGACCAAGAAGAAGAGACUCAUCUGCUGCUAACUGCAGAAAAUGGCAAAUAUCAGGCCUAUAAUGCUGAGCCACAGACUUUUGAACAAGAAAUGUUAUGUGACAUGAACAAGGAAGAGGAUAAAACUGGAAGAAAGCAACUGGAAAAAGAGGAGGGCAUAAAUGAGCAGAGUCCUUGUUUUCAGGAUGAUACUCAGGAUGAAGGAGAUCCUUGCUCCUCAAAACUUGAUGAUAAUUUAUACUUUAGUACAGAACACAAAAAAGUGGAUGUAAGCUCCACUGGACUGAAUGCCAUAAACCCUGCAGUCAUCAGUGGGACCAAAAUUGGAGGUGAAGAUGAAGGUGAGAUGUGCCUGACUGAAAAGGACACUGGAUUUGCAUGUCAUGAAAGUGCCCAUCGAGGUUGUGUAGAACAUGUUAAAGGACAGUGGUGGGGAGUGGAAGUGGUCAGCAAAGAUGGUACCCUGCUUGCAGUGAAUGAGGUGAAAAACAGGCAGGAGUCCUGCCAAGUGGAUGAAGAUUCAAAAAAUACAAGAUGCUUCCCCAGAACAGGGCUCCCAGAAACUCCCUGGUGGGGUUCAGCAGCACAAAAUGGGAGCAGUGCCACUUCAAGAUGUUCUCUGCCAGUAUCUCAGAAGCAUCCCUCCUGCCUAGCAGAAGGGCCUGGAUUAAGGUCAUCUGAAGGUCAAGAGACUGGUAGUGUAGGGGAGAUAUCAUGUGUCAACAAAUCAGAACAGGGAGAUGCUGUCCAAAACUGUGAAAUGGCUUCUGCCCCUCUGAAAUCUGUUACUGUCCAGAUGUCUUCAAGGCUGGAGUUUAAUUCAAGGGUGAAGUGCACAGGGCAAGAUGCUCCUGUGAGCUGCCUUGCUAGAGAAGAUCUUGUGGACUUCUCUGACAUGUUAGUGCACCACUCUGAGACCAGUCCUCUCAUACGGUCAGACCCAGGGACCUCAAAGGAUGGUGUGAAGCAGACCGCUGAAGCCUCCAGUCAAACUGACACCCAUGCCAAGAAACCCAGGUGGCUGCCACUGCUUCACCCUCCCCAUAGUCACCUGACAAAAUCAGCCUCUCUUGACAGCAUGCUUUGUGGCAAGUACAGGUCACGCUACUGGGGCGAAGCCUCUGGUGCUGGAGACGUGCAGGGCAGUUGCUGCUGUCACUGCUGCUGCUAUCACUGCUGCUGCCCAAGGACUUGCCCCAUGGGUGUCUCUCCCCAUUGCCCUGUGGGCUGCUGCUCACACCAUGCCUCCACUGAGCUGCAGCUCUUGAAAACACUGAUGCUUCUACAGGACACUGCACUGCACGACCUUGCUCCGUGUACCCUCCAUGAAAUAGAAGCAAUGAAGAGCUCCUGCCAGCACUUCCAGGAGAAGUUGAAUGAGAUUGAACAGCACCUGACUGAACAGCAGCUGCUAUUCUCCAGCACCAUGUCAGAUAAAGGAAGAGAAGAGGCCAGACACCUACAACUCUUACGGCAAGCAGUUCAUCAGGAGGUUGCAGAGCUGGAAUUUCAGCUGAAUGAUCAAGCUUGCCAGAUCAGGGAGGGCAUCCUUAUGCAGCUGGACCAAUUACUGGUAGAACAAUCCCAUCUGUUUUCUGAGCUUGGACUCUCUGAUUGGAAGAGAGAAAGAAAAGACCUGAAUAGCCAAGCAUUUCCAGAUGCUGCUGACACCCUGCAUCUUCAAAGAGGGCGCUCAAAAAUGAUGCUCCAAAGAGGUCCUGGCAAAAACACACCAGCAACAGGCUUGCUCCCUGCCCUGCAGCCAAGGGCACCCCCAGAGCAGUUUUCUACCAGGACACCACCUGAGCUGAAUUCAGCAGAGUCUGACCCUCAGGAGCUUUCCACCGUUGAAGAAAUCUUUCCAACAUUCUUUAGGUAAUGGUUCACCAGAAGGAAGAGACUGUUGGAGGACAGACUG